AUGGCAGAAAAAAGAAUAAAAAGGGAACUUUCAGAGAUUACUAGAGAUCCUCCUCCAGGUUGUUCAGCGGGCCCAAUAGGCGACGACUUAUUCAAAUGGCAAGGAAUGAUAACGGGACCAGAUGACAGUCCUUACGCUGGAGGAGUGUUCUUCUUGCGAAUAACGUUUCCCACUACUUACCCCUUUAACCCCCCAAAGGUAGAAUUUACCACAAAGAUUUAUCAUCCAAAUAUUGAGCGGAACUCAGGAGAAAUAUAUUCAACCAUAUUUUAUUCAGAUUGGUUUGUAGGUUACAUUAUAUCAAAAUGUAAGAUGAUGGUAAAGUUUCUGCAUGUGGCAUUAGUCCAACAUCUUUUCAAAUUUUAA